AUGCGAAGAAUGACAGCACUGUUCUUCGCCGCUUCAAGAUGCGCGAGACUCCAUACUUCACGUAGGCUCUACUCAGAGCCGAUCGUCAAAAUCGCCAAUGGCACGUUCUACCGCCAACAUCCAGAAUCGAAGCCAGCUCCAGGUCAGGACGCGCCUCCCAACCCGCCGCUGUUUCCGGAUCUGAGUUUGUCAUUGCCUUCGUUCUCGACACCGAACCAACAUUGGGCUAUCUUGAGUCCAUCCUCCAACAUCCGAACUGCAUUUCUUCAACUUCUUCGGGGCCAAUUUCUAUGUUUUCCACCAACAGCCCGGACAUACCCCUACCUCUUAUCCCCGGAAAUAACAGAGAAGAAUCCUAGGUUACGGUACCCCGACCAGGCCAUUGAGUAUGUUGGAUUCGAUGUUGAGCGCAAGGCUUUCGGUGGCGCAUACCUCUCUGCUCGCUACGAAAGCUUGAAAGAGGAGGGUGACUUCACACUGAAGCGGUACUUGACUGGCAUCGUGACUUUAAAUCCUGGCGAGGAAGAGUUGAAAGCCAAGUCUGUAGACGAGGAGGUCACAAGACAAGUCAUGAAGGAUCUGGAGUUGGAGAGAUUCUUGGACAAGCCUGUCAACAUGCUCAGUAAUGGGCAGAGUCGCAGAGCAAGGAUUGGGAAGGCACUCCUAACACGACCAGAAGUCCUGUGCCUAGACGCACCCUUCAUCGGACUGGAUCCAGUUGUAACACAGCACAUUUCUCGAGUUCUUCAUCGCCUUGCCGAAGCAAACUCGCCUAGGAUCGUACUGUCACUGCGACCUCAGGAUGUGAUACCCGAAUGGAUCACGCACAUUGUCUAUGCUGGUGAAGACGGAAAAGUUGACUCACUCGGGCCCAAGAAAGAAGUCUUCCAGUACUUAAAGCAGCAGUAUGAUGAUGCUGAGAAGUCAAUUCAGUCAACUUCAUCAAGCCGCGACUUCGAGACGAAUGGUGCCGAUGCUUCGGGGCCGUCAGAUGCACUAAGUCGAGAUGGCUACAAGAAGGUUGACGACACUCAAGUGCCAGUCGGUGAACCCAUCGUUGAAAUGCAAGGCGUGAACAUCAAGUACGGCGCCAACUCCGUGCUUGGAGAGUGGAAACAGAACGUCAACGGCGAAGAGAGAGAUGGCCUCUACUGGAACGUCCACCGCGGACAACGCUGGGGUAUCUUCGGCGCCAACGGCUCAGGAAAGACUACGCUUAUCAGUCUCGUCACUUCAGACCACCCACAAACAUACUCGGCACCAGUAAAGCUUUUCCAGCGGUCGCGUCUGCCUGAACCUGGCGUGCCUGGCAUUACAAUCUUCGAGAUCCAGGCUCGCAUGGGUCACGCCUCGCCGGAGGUCCACGCGCUUUUCCCCAAGCAUCUUACUCUUCGACGGGCACUCGAGUCUGCAUGGAGCGAGACGCCAAUUGUCAAAGCUCAUCUCGACGAAAACGCAACGCAGCGAGUGGAGGCAUGCUUACGCUGGUUCGAGCCUGAGCUCAACCGCCUACGCAAAGACGGCGAGACGUCAGGUGGUAGUCUUGAUUGGGCGUCGAAUGUUCUGUUCGGCGAGAGUUCGUAUUCCACACAACGCGUGCUCCUCUUCCUGCGCGCCAUGAUCCGGAACCCUGACAUCGUCAUCCUGGAUGAGGCAUUCAGCGGCAUGGACGAUCUGGCAAGAGAUAAGUGUCUGCUGUUCCUCAGUCGCGGUCAGUCCAUGGAGCUUCAUUACACAGAUGCUGGACACAGGCCCGUAGAGACAAAGGCAGAUCUGGUAGUCCCUGGACUGCAAGAUCACCAAGCGCUACUUUGUAUCAGUCAUAGCAGGCAAGAAGUGCCCGGGUGCAUAAGAGACUGGAUAUGCCUCCCCGAGCCCGGCACUGGACCUCCACGAUUCGGCAAGUUCGACGGGCCAGUCGAGAUGGGCAGGGAGAGGUGGAACGAGAUCUGGAAUUGGCCGUAGACAUCUCGCGAAUAGAAGUGCCCAUAUCCUCUGAUCCCAGUGCAUUGACCACUCUGCUAUCCAACCUAGCUCUUUCUCAUUGCCUGCAAUGUAUACUACCCAUUGUCCACCAUCUAUUGCCCGUCCCCAUUACCGUCCCCAUUGCCGUCACAUACACCAUCGUAGUCCCGUUCCCAUUGCAGUCCCAAUUCCAUCCCAAGAUACCCAUAACCGC